CCUCACUUUAAGAGAAAUUUUUUUUCGCUCUAAAAUAAUUUCCUUUUUUCUUUCUUCUUAUACACACAAUGGACAAGCGUCAAUUAGAACACGGAAACCAAAAGUCUUCAUUUGUACAAGCCAUCAAGUCAGAACUCUUUAGUCCCGAAAAGCGUCAAGGUAACCUCAACAUCGCCUUGUCCGUCACUGUCUUUACUGGUGCCAUUGUCUUUCUGCGCAACUGGGGUGAACUCUUGGCUGUCUAAUACUUGUAUAAAGCACUUUAUUUUUGUAUACAUAUCUUUUUUUUUUUAUAUUGUUGUUUAUUAAAGGUAAAGGCGAUGAUGACUAUCAUCAACAA